CAAAUUUGCUAAUAUACUUUUGCGGCACAAUCGGAAAAUUGAAUAUAUAUAUUUUCUAUUUCGAAUAAUAAGAUAAUUAAAGUUAUUUACAUUUGUAGGAAAUUAAAUAAAUCAUAAUAAACCAUACAGAUUUUGCCAGCAGCAGUUUGAACAAAUACAAAGAAAAAUGUUGAUCAAAGUCAAGACACUUACCGGUAAAGAAAUUGAAAUCGAUAUUGAGCCCACAGACAAAGUAGAUCGUAUUAAAGAACGUGUUGAAGAGAAAGAGGGCAUACCACCGCAACAACAACGUUUGAUUUUUUCCGGAAAACAAAUGAACGAUGAUAAAACAGCUGCGGAUUAUAAAGUUCAGGGAGGUUCCGUUUUGCAUUUGGUCUUGGCUUUACGUGGUGGCAUCUUGUAAUUUAUUUUCUCAAUUUUAAUUUAACACAACAUAAGUCGCUUUUUGUAAAAAAAAUAUAGAAAAUUAAUGUAACAAGUAUAAA